AUGAGCCCCUAUAUGACAAUUCACCCCAAUCAUCCCCAGUUCGAUCAAAUGCAUCAUUCGCUGUUCUAUGCUCACGCCGCAGGCCAUGAGACACCGGGGGAUGACGGUGAUGAAGAAGAGGUGGACUAUCUGCCGGUACCGCCAUUGGUCCCAGAGACCGUGGACGAACGAGACGCCCGAGAAGCCACCUGCCUGCGCAAUUCGCAGGACCUUGUCGUCCUCGCCGGCAGGGCGGCCUACGAGAUGCCCAAUCUGGAGACCCUGGAGAUCUGGCAGACGUGCACAGCGCAUGCGAGCAUCUUUCGAUACGAAGCGCAUCCUAGCCCAACUGUGACGUUUUUGGGCCACACACGGAGAGCCCGGGACGCCUGGAAAAAGGUGGCAGAGGCGCGCAAAGGCAAGGUGACGCCGCUGGCCGUCCGGUUUGAGCAGCUACCUGGGUUGUCAAGGAAUCUCCGCGGCAGUUUCUGCAUCUACAGCACCAUCGACAGCCUCAAGUUGCGCGACCUUGUCAUCGACCCGGUAUCCCUGUAUGCCGCCCGAUGGGAAGAGUGCCCGAUGGACAGGAGCGUCUCCCGCGUGAUGCUCGGGUACACAUGA